UAUUAUAAAAUUUAUAUUUUUAACGGCAUGUGGCUAAUUUAUGCCUUGCUGUUUCAUCUGCUGCUGCUGGGCGCCAUCUACGUAAUCUAUUUUCAAAAUACAGUUUUAGAAGGACUGCAGCCACAGCCGCCAAUCCAUGUGCAGCCACCUGCUGAUCGCCUGGUAUUUAUUGUAACCGAUGGAUUGCGCGCUGAAUCAUUUUUCUCUAAGAAUUGCAACUAUGUGCCGCAUUUGCGUGAAAUAUUUCUGAAGCAAGGCGUUGUGGGCGUGCUACGCAUAGGUGAGCCUACAGAAUCACGUCCUGGACACAUAGCCUUGACAGCUGGACUCUAUGCGCCUGUGCUGCAUGAGCGCCUGGGAAUCUUUAACAAUUUCGAUACAGUCUUCAAUCAUAGCGCGCGCUUUUACGCCUGGGGUGUGGACUAUAUAUUGCAAAUCUUUCAGCAACAUAACAAGCACAAUGCUGCUAUGUAUUUCGAUGCUUAUGAGCCAGCGAUUGGCGACGACACUCCCACCACCAUUUUCGAUAGUUGGGUAUUUGGGCGUGUGCAAAAAUUUCUACAGCUCAAGCAACUAAAGUUGCGUAAGCUCAAGCGUUUGGUAUUUUUUCUACACUUGAUGAGCUUGGAUGAGGCUGGACAUGUCUAUGAGCCAAACUCAAAGAAGUUUCUGCUGAAUUUGCAAUUAACUGAAAAGGGCAUUUGGAAUAUUUAUCAGCAAUUUGAAGCAGCGUUUCCAGAUAAACGCACUGCAUAUGUAAUGUGCUCAGAUCAUGGCAUGAAAGAUUCAGGUUCACAUGGCGAUGGCACAGCCCAUGAGCUUGAAGUGCCUUUUAUGCUAUGGGGCGCUGGCAUAGCGCAUGGAGUGGCCGCCAACAAGAGCUUUGUGGCUGAUAAUGCUGGCACCGAAUGGCCACAGCCGGAGCUGCAGCAGUUGCAGCUAACGCCUUUAAUGUCGGCGCUGCUGGGCUUGCCAACGCCAGUGAAUAAUUUGGGCAUGCUGCCCCAUGGCUAUCUAAACACCAGCGAGCAGUUUGAGGCUUUGGCAGCACAAGGCAAUGCAAUGCAGCUGCUGGCACAAUAUGAAAAGUUGCUGGCGCAACAGCAACGCGGCGCAUUGGCAGCUUACAUGCCGCAAUUUAAAUGGCUAACCCAAGCGAAUGUGGAGCAGUUUAAGCAGCGGCAGGCAGCGCUCAGCUAUGAGCAAAGCGCAGCAUUAAUGCAAUUAACGCAAAACGGCAUUAAUUACUAUCAGAUUUACUACAACAAGCCGCUGCUGUUAGGCACAACACUUGCGUUCUUAGGCUGGCUGCACUACGUCCAUGGCUUGCUGCUAGUCAAGCCUGCUAGCUGCAAAUUAGUAACACUAAGAAAUGCUAUUAUAAUGCUAGCAACAGUGCUUGCAAUAAGUUUUGCCAUAGCACAGCAAUUGCCUUUAAGCGUUGCUUUCUAUGCGCUGCUGCUGCCGCUGCUGCUUUGGUUGCUAGCAAGUCAGCAACAAGCGUUAGCAACAUCUUUCAAUGUCAACAUGUUGCUGCAACUUUUGUUGACAGUCUGCUGCCUUGAGCUGCUCGUGCUGAGUUUUUACAAGCGCCGUGCUUUGCCUAUAUGUUUUUUAAUCUUUACUAUUACCAGCAACUGUCUCAAUAUUCUUGGCAAUCUUUGUCACAUUGCUGCGCUAACUUGGCUCUUAAUACUUUUUGCUUUGUCUAUGUGGCCAGUGCCAGCGGAGUUUGAUUUCGAGCAAGCGCAGCAUUAUGUAUAUCUCUUCGGUAUUGCAACUUUAUUGCUGCGCGCAUAUGGCCGCCGUUUCUUCUACACUUGGCAUCAACAUUUGUGCAACACUCUCAUGCUGCUUAUAGCUGCCAGCUGCGCUUUGCUGCAGCAACUAGAUUGGCAAAUACCUUUGCUAUGCAAACUCGUCAGCUGGCUAUAUCUGGCUUAUAGUCUGCUUAACAUCUUGUUUAACAAAACUACACUUGAGCAGCUUAGCUACAACCUUUUGGUGCUUUAUGCGCUGCUUUGCAGCAGCCACGAACUAAUCUUCAUUCACCUGCUCAAUUGUGAGCUUCGCCUUACCUUAAAAGCAAAGCGCACCCAAAAUGCUCUCAGUCUUGCCUUGGCCCUACUACUCUACAGCUACUUUAGCUUUCUCGCUCUAACCGAUCUCAGCACAGAAGCUCGCAAUGUUGCACCGCAUUUAAUGCACUUUUAUCUAUGCGACAAUGGCGCCUACAAUAGACUGCUUGCUGUAUUUAAAAUUCUGCUGCCGCUGCUGCUUAAUGCCUGCACUUUGUAUGCCCAUUCGCCGUAUCAACUGCACGCCCGUCACGUUUUUCUUUGGCUGCUGCUUAUGUGCGACAUCAUGGCGCUCAAUUUUCUAUAUUUAAUCCGCAAUACGGGCUCUUGGCUGCAAGUGGGCAUUUCCGUAACGCAAUUUGUUAUGGCAGAGUUGACUACAGUAAUACUUCUGGCUUUGUAUCACAUCGCCAAGCUGCUGCUGCUGCAAGUUGAGCAAACAAAACGGAAUAGUGGCAAAUGA